GGCGUCAAGCGGCCAUACACGCUGCACAUGGGUACGCGUCCGACACAGAAAACGGUACAUGAGGCUGUGCUUUUGCAUCUCAGAAAUCACAGGAGGCCAGCUCGUGUUACUGCAUGAAUUUCUCCCUUUGCUUGUGUGUUUGUUCGUGUGUCAGGCUGUCGCUGAGUAGUCCGCCCCCCGUCCCAUCGCUACCACACCUCAACAAUCACUCAUCACUCAUGACUCAUCCGCAAUCACCGCCUUUGCUGACGGCGGAGAAGUCGCCCUCGCGGCCGCCCCUGACCCGCACACAUGGCCAUGGCACCAAGCACAAGGAGGGCAAACAGGACAUCAGCAAUUCUCACGCACAGGAGACGGGCUGGAAGGAAUAUCUAUGCGGCAUAUUCCCAAACAAGGCCAAGGUGAGAGAGAGAGGGUCUGACGGCUGGCUGAUUGAUUGGCGGUCGGGCCGUGUGCUGUGCUGUGCUGUGCUGUGCUGUGCUGUGCUGUGCUGUGCUGUGCUGUGUUGUGUGUGCAGCUGUGGAGUCGCAAGACAGUUGAGCAUCCUGUGAACAGCUCGAUCAUGACGCUGCUGACCAUCUUCGCCCUGUUUGGGGACGACAUCAAGCUCUGCACUACCGAUGUGGUAUACACAUACAAACACACACACAUGCAUCGCAUCGCUGCAUGGAUGCGAUGCACACACGGCGUCGUUUUCGUUUCGUCUUCUCAUAUAUCCGCAGAAAGCCGAUCAGUAUUUCAACUACGUGACCAUAUUUCUGAUUUUCAUGUUCACAGCUGAAAUCGUCCUCACAUCCAUCGGAAAGGUCAGUCAGCAUGUCGGCUCUUGAACACACUACACCCCUCACACACACGGAUGUCCGUCUGUCUGUCUGUCGCAGGACGAUUACUUUUUGGGUUUCUUCUUUUGGCUGGACGUGAUAGCGACGCUGUCGCUGCUGACGGACAUCACGUACGUGUGGGACGCCAUCCAGUCGCUGUCAGGCGGACAGGCCGGCGACUCUAAGCUGGCCAGGUCAGCACAGCACACAACCAUCCAUCACUCACGGAGAGCACAGCGGGCGAUAAGAUAACGGCCCUGUCGGUCGCAUUUGGGCAUUCGUGGCUGUGUGUGUCUAGGGCGGGGCGAGCCGGUCGUGUGGGGUCACGCGCAGGUCGAGUCAUCCGUAUCAUCCGAAUCGUCCGGCUCAUCCGUAUUGUCAAAGUGAGCAGCACCUGCGGACUGUGUGCAUUAUUGAUGUGUAUCUAAGUGCCCCUCUCCCCGCCCGCUUCGUUCAGCUGUACAAGCAUGCAGUGGAGACCUCCCACAUCGAACGGCAGCACUCCCUGGUGGGCGUCGGGCCUGGCGAGACCCUCUACGUGCAGGACCCCGAAGUCGACAAACACACCGACGUCGAAAAGGGAGGUAACUGAGCAGCGCUGACUGACACUGCACAUUGGCCACAAGACAGGCAUCGCACCCUACCCUCAUGUGUGGAAUGAUGGAUCGAAUGUAUGUAUGUAUGUAUGCUUAUGUCAGGUCUGCUGUCGGAUGAGGGCGACGGUUUGGAGCUGGAGCCCCAGUCCCGUGUGGGCAAGAAGCUGUCGGAGCUGACGACGCGGCGUGUCAUCAUCCUGGUGCUGGUCAUGAUUCUGGCACUGCAAAUGUUCAACACCGAGCAGUGGACCACCACAUCCAACUCGGGCGAAUAUGGACUAUACACCCUCACCGAGUGAGCGAAGCAGAGCAGGGGGACAGACAGCACACAGGGCGAGAGGCGGGCGCAUGGUCUGUUGUGCUGUGUGUUGUGUUGUGUGUUGUAGGUACUCUCGGAGCGCAGAACUGGAUGCAACUUUCAAUGCGACCCACCAGGAGGCCUACGACCGAUCCGUCAUCGCAUAUGUCGAAUACCACAAAAAGGUAAUAAGGUGAGAGAGGCACCAACAGGUGCAGUGAGUGCACAGCAGGGGGGUCGCACCGACCAGUUUGUGCGCGUCUGUGCGCCGCACCGCAUGCAGAAUGGUCUGUUUGGCUUGGCUGAUUACCUGUUCUUCGUUGAGGUGGGUGGAGUGCGAUGAGUGAGUGGACGUACCCACGGAAAUGACAUAGACACGCCAGCUCACGUCAUGUGUGCCAUGUGGGUGCAUGUGUGUCAGCUGCCCAGGGAGGUGAUAUACAAUGAGCUGGGAGGAUUGGAAGCCCCGAGCGAAAUACUGGGACCCGAUGCAGUGAAAGACGGUGCGCAAAGCCACACACACACACACACAUGCAGUUAUCUGUUCUCCUCUCCCACACUGCCCCAUCCAUCCAUCCAUCCAUCAGGUGUGUCGAUCGUGGACGACCUCGACAAGCCCGAGGAUCUGCGGUCGCAGGAGCAGGACUUGUACACGGCCAGUGCGUGCUACACCGACAUGCAGUCCCCAUCGCUGGGAAUGCCGGCCGUCCCUGUGGAGGUCUGUCUGUCCAGCACCGCCGUCUUCGACAAGAGAGCACAGUCGCAGCUCUCGGCGGCUCUCAACAUGGGCAGAACCAUGUUCAUUUGCCUGGUGGGGAGGGAGUGGGGGUGGGACAUACAAGGGGCAAUGACGACACGCACGAACAGCUGCAUGUGUGUGUGCUGUGCCGUGCCGUGGCUAGGUCUUGGCAUUGAGUGCGAUGUUCUUCAGCAAGGAUGCCAACGAGCUGGUGCUCAACCCCAUCGAGCGCAUGAUCGGCAAGAUGGAGAAGAUCCGGGAGAACCCUCUGGUGGCCGCUAAGAUGGGCGAAGAGGACUUCAGAGAAGAGGUCAGGCAGAGGCAGGGCAGGGCAGGGCAGGCGGGAAAUGAAGAAUGGCGCGCGUCCAUGCCUACGUGUGUGUGGUCACGCCAUACAGGAGGAGGACGACGCUCAGGCGAAAGGCCGCCGUGGCUUCCUGAGUCUCCGCGGUGUGCCCAAGAAGGCGGCAUCUGACCCGUACGAGACGGUCAUUCUCGAGAAAACCAUCAUCAAAAUCGGAGGUGAGACCACACACGCGGACAGAGAGGGAGAUCUUCACCGCAGUACGUCUGUGUGUGUGUGUCUGUGUGCGCACCAGGUUUGUUGGCCCUUGGCUUCGGCGAGGCGGGUGCUGAGAUUAUUGCCAACAACAUGAAGCACUCUGACGGAGGACUCAACGCCAUGGUCGACGGACGAAAGGUACUCUCACCAUCGCCAGACUCACUCACACACUCAUGAGAGCGUGCUCCUUGGUUCCUCGUGUGUGUGGCCAGAUCAACGCCAUUUUCGGAUUCUGCGACAUCCGACAGUUCACCGACGCCACAGAGAUCCUGCGCGAGAAGGUCAUGGUGUUCGUCAACCAGAUCGCAGAGAUCGUCCACGGCAUCGUCGACCAGUUCGCUGGCGCCGCCAACAAGAACAUCGGCGACGCAUUCCUGCUUGUGUGGAAGUUCCCUGAGAGGGACGUCGGCAGGGGGGAGAAGGAACAGGUGGACGACCCCAAUGUCAUCUCAAAGGUGGGGUGGUCUCCAGAUGAGUACAUGACAUGGGUGUGUUCGGAUCGGGGGGGAGGGGGAGGGAGGGAGAUGGAUCCCUUCAUGUGUGCGGUGCUUCUGAUGGUCAGAUGGCCGACAUGUCAGUCAUGGCCUUCCUGAAGAUCAUCGCGGCGAUCAGCAAGUCGUCGGUGCUCGCCGAGGUGCGAUUGUCAGAGAGAGGGAGGGAGGGAGGCAAUCGCAGCACAAUUGUUCAUCCCCCCCUCGGCCCUUUUCCCCUCAUCUGUGUGUGUGUGAUGUGUGUGUCAUUCAUGUCAGUACCGUGACAACAAGGAGUUGUCUGAGCGCAUCCCCAACUACCGCGUCAAGAUGGGCUUUGGGCUGCAUGUCGGAUGGGCCAUCGAGGGCGCCAUCGGCUCCGAGUUCAAGGUGGAUGCGUCGUACCUCUCACCCAAUGUCAACAUGGCAUCACGGUAACAGAAAGCAACCACCACACACACACACACACACACAAGCGCGUCUCUCAUUCUCCAUUCCUUCCUCUCCUGCAGUCUGGAAGCGGCGACAAAGCAGUACGGUGUGCCCUUGUUGAUCAGCGGUGCUCUGCAUGACAUCCUCACCCCGCAGACCCAGACCUACUGCCGGCAGAUCGACCGCGUCACGGUCAAGGGCAGCAAGAUUCCCCUCAAGCUCUACACGGUGGACGUCAGCACAUCCAGGCUCAAAUUGGACCACACUGCCGCCGGUCAGCCUCGGAGCAAGGGCAAGGUGAGGCGGUUGCGGGAGGCGCAGAAGGCCAAAAUGUGGUCACACAGGUGAGAGCGGGAGGGACCAGAGAGGCCAGCCAGACGAGCAGGGCUCAUUUCACGUGUCCUCCCUUUUGAGUAGGUUUUCCGUGUACACGAUGUUUGAGAAUGACCCCGACCUCAUUGCAAUGAGGGAACACCUAUCAGAGGUCAGCCGGCACCAUACACACACACACACACACACAUACAUACACACACACACACACACCAUGAACAAACAGCCCACCCAUGCCUCUCUGUCUCUCUCUGUGUGUGUGUGUGUGUGUGUGUGUGUGUGUCCUCGACACAGCAAUUCUUGAACACCUUUCGGCGCGGCUACAUCAACUACGAGGCGGGCGAAUGGAGAGUCGCAAGAGACCUCUUCACACGAACACAGGUACGACACCAGCCAGCCAACCACACACACGAACGUAUUCUCGAUAGGUCGAUUCUCUGACAUCCAUCCAUUUAUCCAUUUAUCUUCAGUUUAUGCUUGGCACGGAGGACGGUCCGUCGGCGACAUUGCUGCAUUACAUGGCUGAGCACCGCUUCCAAGCGCCCGACCACUGGGAGGGAUACAGAGAGCUCACUGAGAAGUGAUCCAUCCAUCCAUCCGUCUACAGGGCCGACAGACACAUCAAUCAAUCGAUGUGUGUACAGUGAGU